AUGUUCCUCCGCCCGGUCCUCCGCGCCGCCCCGCUCGCGCGCGUCAACGCCGCCCGCGCCCUCUCCUCGUCGGCCCCCCGCCGCGGUGACCACCACGACAGCCACUCGUCGUCCAGCGAGGCCGACACCACCGAGUCGUUCUUCAGUGCCGGCUGGGUUGCCACCUUCGGCCUCGUUGCCGCCGGCUACGCAGCGUACUUGUACCUCCCUUCCACCCAGGUCGGCUCGGGCUCGUCCGCCCUCAGCAAUGACGCUCUCGAGGCCAAGGCCAAGGACGAGUCGGCACCCUGGCUCACCCGUGUCCUGUCCAAGGAGCUUGCUGGCGAGGAUGCCGUCUGGACCAAGCGCAACGACAAGCACCUCGAGCUUGCCUGCGAGGCUGCCGACACCAAGCUUAUCAUCCAGGACGCUGAGCGCCCCAAGGUCCACCGCCUGACGUACCCCUCGGCGUUCGAGCAGGCCUCGCCCCACUCGAUUGCCGUCGGCUCGCAGUGUGACCUGUCCGACCUCGUGGUCAAGUCGGAGUCCAGCUAG